UGUUUUUUUUAAAAAAGGCUCUUUCUACGAUUACUAACUCCAAGGUUUGAGCGAUUUUUGGCUAGAGAAAAAACAUGUUUUCAAAUGGAACAGGGAGACAAGGAAUGUCCAUUUUCAACAGAAGAAGACGUCCAAGACAAGCUGUUUAUGCUUCCCCCCAAAAUACAGUGAAGUCAACACCCUUCCACCUUGACAUUCCGGACGAAGCCCUCCUAGAGGUCGCUGAAAAUGCUGAAAACAGUGCAAAAAACUACUUUUCAAUGAGGACUCCAUCACCUCUGAGCUCCUUUCAAAAUUCAAGACCAGCUAAAAAUAGACAACCUUCCACAUUGCAAAAGCACCCUAACAAUAAUUUUUAUGGGAAUGAAUAUCUAAUGCCAAAGAAGCCUAAACUUGAAGUGCACAAAUUUGAAGGAAAAACAUCUUGCCUUUCAGAGCAGAAUAGUGAAGUGCACAAAUUCGCCAAAACAACCAAUUCUUUCUCAAGCAAUCCACUAAAUUCUACAAAGAGAAGCUUUUACUUUGGAGAAAGAAACACAGUAAGAAGUGAUCAGUGUGAAGCAGCAACUGCAAAGUGGGAUGAUUCUUGGAGGAAAUCAAGCAACAUGAACAACAAUUCAGUUCAGAGAAAUCACAGUCUUAUCAAAGGCAAACCAUAUGGAGAUACAAUGCUGGAUGAUAAAGCUCCUUUUAAUGCAUUCAAUUCAGUCAUUAAGGUCCGUACAUUCAUCAACACACACAUCACUUAUAGAAUACAAUAAUAUAAAGAUUAAUUUA